AAUAUCGGUGAAGCAGGAAUAGUAUGGCCGAUGUCAGGAUUAGAAGUAGGGGAGAAGUAUGUCUAUAUUCCAACCUAUCAUCGGCUGCAUACUUUUGAUUCUGUCAUCAUUUACAGGUUGCUCAGUUGGUAUCCUAUGUCAUCGAUAUGUAUCAUUAGAAUCAUUGCCGGGAGGUUCCCAUGACAACCAGACUGUUGACUGCCCCUUUGCCUGCUUUGCGUCAUGGCGACAGGAAGAGCCCGACCAUUGGGUGGUUCUCCAGCAAGGUUGCAUGGGGAGCCACAAGACAGAGUGUGUGGUGACGAGCUGCCAGGACAACGUGAAGACCAGUAAGCCUCACAAGUUCUGCUGCUGCAGUACCGAUAAAUGUAACGUGGUACAGAACCACGGAGUCAUAGUCAAAUACAAGACGUACAACACGGCCAAGCUUCCCACUUCAGUCAGUCGCAAGUCCGACGAGUACGUCCAGCAGGUGCCGCCUUACAAAUUGAUAGAGUCGCGCUGGCCAUUUUACUCAGAAAAUGAUCAAGAAUCCGAGCAAGACAAAAAAGAACUGCCUGUUUCAGGACCACCAGUUUCUUGUGCCUUCUAUGAUGACCCCAGCAACUUUAAGACUUCCAGAGUCUCUCCAAAACUGGUAGGUGAUAGAGAUUCUACCACCCAGGAAGCAGGAAAACAGAUAAAGAGGUGUGAGAGUGGGGAGGAUUCUUGCUUUACCAUCUGGUCUUAUGAUGGGGAGAACAACACAGAAACCAUGACCAUUAUUAAGCAAGGGUGUUUCCGGUUCAAACCAGAAGACGGUCUGUGUAGUCGUGAGGUUUGCCAGUCCAGCAGCCCCUACAAAAUUCUGGGCACCCACAAGAGGGCCAAAUUCUGCUGCUGCUUCGGAGAUCUGUGCAAUAACAACAUAUCAGACGUUAACACGAGUGUCUCAUCGGCAGAGGAUACUGUCACUCCAGCUUCAAGCUAUCUGUCUGUAGACUCCUAUCGCCUAUACAAGGAGAAGACCAUCAUCAUCUCCCUCGUGUCCAUCUUUUCCGUUUCUCUGGUGAUCCUAGGCAGCUUUCUGCUGUACCGUCUCUGUCUGUCCUCGCGGAAACAUCCACCCAGUCCGCACGACGCGGUGGAAGCUCCACCCCUCGCUGGGUUCCGCUCGGAAGAUCUCAAGAUCAUGUCGCUGAUCUGUAAAACCAAGAAUGGCGAGGUGUGGCGAGGGCAGCUAGGCGAGAUUCCUGUAGCCGUGAAAGUGUUCCUCCAGAAUCACAAGCAUCUGUAUCAGAACGAGAAAUACAUUUACUCUCUGCCCUUUAUUGAGCACGAGAAUUUACUGAAGUUUUAUGGGAUUGAUGAGAGGCAGAAUGCAGAGGGUUUCUGGCAGUAUAUGAUAGUUCUGUCCUACGUUCCGAAGGGAAGUCUUUACGGCUACUUGCAGCACAAUACGAUUGACUGGGAAACCUUCUGUAACAUGUGUCAGAGUAUUGUCAAAGGGAUGGUCCAUCUCCAUACAGAUAUGAGAAUUGGGGACCAGUUCAAGCCCACGAUUGCUCAUAGAGACCUCAACACCAGAAACAUCUUGGUACAGAAUGACCUUACCUGUGUUAUUGGUGACCUUGGCUAUGCUAUAACGACUAUGGGGUCAAAGUUGAUACGGAACGGCCAAUAUGAAUAUGCUGAGCAGGCCUCACUUCAAGAUGUUGGAACUUUACGAUACAUGGCUCCUGAGCUGCUAGAUGGCGCUGCUAACCUGAGACAGUCUGAGGCGUCCCUGAAGCAGAUAGAUGUUUACUCCCUGGGGCUGGUACUGUGGGAACUGGCCACUAGAUGUGAAGACCUGUAUCACGGUUGCCCCGUUCCUGACUAUCAGAUGCCGUACCAACAAGAAGCAGGCCUGCAACCAACAUUUGAGGAGAUGCAGAUCCUGGUGUCCAGAAACAAGGUCAGACCAAAGUUCCCCGACGUCUGGCCGAGCCACAAUCAGGCGGUUGGCAUCCUGAAAGAGACGAUGGAGGAAUGCUGGGACCACGACUCGGAGGCGCGUCUGACCGCGGUGUGCGUGGAGGAACGGGUCCAAGACAUGGUCGCUUUAUGGGUACAGGACAGCAAGCAGAAAGGUACAACCCCAACAAUUACAACAACGAGUAACUCAUUCCAAAUUUCCUCCGAGCCUGAGAGAAAUCAUCCAGAAACUACAGCAAUGGCCCCUACAAGGGAGGAAACUGGAACAGCCGACAACAGCACAGCAAGCAUGGUGAUAAACUCCCCACCCAAUGGAUACAUCACUUCCCGACCCUCUUCCUGGUACAAUCGUCCAGGCAUGACCACCUCGGGGUCAACGACAGAGACCUUUGUCCUCAUGUCGCCAUCUGAGGAUGAGGCCCCGCCCCCUGUCAAGCUGUUAAACGUCAACCUGGCAAAAAACAACACGGUGCUUCCUGUUCAUCAAGGUCGCAACCCAAUCGCCGAGAGGAACACUCAUAAGCGAAGUGACGAAGAACUCAGUGUGUCCGGGAACAAACUCGUGUACAACAAUGAGAGAUUUGAUGUGGACAGUGGGCAGAGGGGACCCCCCCUGUUAGACAAUCUUCUGCACUCGUUCAGUGAUAGCUUAGAUUCGUCGCUGGUUCAAAACGAUGUAUUAGGCCAACACAGAAAUCCACCCAUCCCGUAUCUACAAAAUCAAGUACAUGACAGUCACAUUGCGAGGCCUAAAGUGGCCAAUGUACCUCAAGCAAUACACAAUUCUGAACAAGAAAAAUCUCAUCAAAGCCGGUUCAAAAACCUGGUUAAAGUGAAAGAUAUUGGUAAUAAACUGUCAUUUUUCAAGAAGAAAGGAAGGAAUGUGCACAAAAAAGCAGGAAAAAAUGGUCCUGAGAGUGCAUCUGAAAUUAGCAGGUUGAUACCAGAGCAAGUGCAAAAUGUAAAUCUGUAUCAAGAGGAGGCUAGUCAGAGUGCCUCAAGCUGGUGCAAUCCUGGACAUGAGAUGUCCACAAGCCCAGUACAAACAGAGGUUAAAAUGAGGAAUGGUAGGCCAUCAGUUCAGCCAUCAGCAAAAAAACAGAGCAAUAUCAUCUGCAUGGCAGAGAUAGGGAAAGCAAAAGUAGAGAACCCAAGCCCUAGGUCAGCCAUCUUGAUUACUAGACCAAGGAGGCAUUCAAAGAGUGUGUCGGACUUGAGUCCUCAAAGAGAGUUGAGUCAAUUCUCAAGCGUUACGGAACUUCAUGACAUGUUCUCUAAGAGAAGGAGGCCGAAUUCUCUGUCUCUACGAGGGCACAACUACAAAGUGAAGUCUCCUCCCAAAUCAAACACAUGUGAGAGUUUUACCCUCCUAGUAAAAGACUCAGAGGUAAAAGACUCAGAGGAGAAUUGUCAGCUUCAGAGGGAGGAUUCAUCAGAGAAGAUCAAGAAGCGGGUCAAGACCCCCGUUAACGUGCCCCAGGCUCGACUGUCUUUGUACGACGAUCGCCUGAUGGCGCACUACAUUUUAAACUCUCCCGAAUUCACCCAGCAGCCCGUAAAAGGCUACAAACUGUUGGCAGAUAACAUAGACAGUAAUUAUGUUAUCACAACAGAGCAGAGCUGUUAAUGUAACAUUUGUAGAGAUAAAAAUGUCUGUGCACCUGUUAAUUUUAUUUUGUCCGUGAAAGCAAUGGCCUGAAUAUAUUUUUUUUUGUACUUUUGUCUUACUUUUUGUCCCAAUUUGUGAUAUGUUAUACCAGUUUAUGCUGUAACACACACUCACUGCUCAGUAUUGUACCUGUUUUAGGCAGUAUGUACUGACCUUGCUGUUAGUUUUCUUCCAAUCCUAUUGAGAAUUGCACUGGGAAUCAGCAAAUCAAUUAUAGUCCUAAUAGGGCCACUAUUAAAAUGGAUAGAUGUGUUAUCUGUUCUGGUUAUUAUUUGUUAUGAUUCAAAACACUGACUAUUAGUUAACGUGAACAAACUUUUGAAGUUGUGUUUAUGAAUUAUUUUGUUGAUGUAUUUUCAUCUUUGCAUGCACAUACUGUAGAUUUCUAAUUAAAUGUGAGGAAUUAAUAUCCACGUAAAAAUUGCCAGAAGCACAUCUCACGGAUUUUAAUUUUCAGAGAAAUGUGAACUACCGGUAUGUGAAACUAUGAUAAAAAUUCAGUGUUUGCGAUUUUAUAUUCUCACGAUUUGAUGCAAAACAGUGGAAUCUCGGAAAUAAGUACUCGCAUAAAAUAAGGAAUCUACAGUACUGUAAACUAUUUGGUGCUCAUAGACAUUUAUUACUUUUUCUUGUUUCUCUACCUUGGAUGGCCAGAUCCCAAAUUAGUGCUACCUUCUUUUGUUAGACCCUGAAACAGUUGGAUUUGACUGCUAUGCUUACAAUUGAUGCUGUGGUUUUACUGUGCAAAUUUAUGUAGUGCCUCACAAAUCAAAUCCACUGGACAUUUUUGCUAUUUUGAUGUUUUAUUAUAAAAAGAAAAGAAAAAGUCAGUGGCUGUGUACCAUGGGGGAUAGGGGAUAGCUUCCAGAUUUUACUAACAAAUCGUUUUUAUCUGAAGAACCAGCCAACUUAGAUUUAUAAUUUUUUUUACAAGGUUAAUUGUUACAAGGUUUGGCAUAUUUUUUUUUAUUCAAAUAAGUUGAUUCUUGUCAAACUGAAAUGGCAGGUUUAUUGUAUAUUAAUUUAGCAGUGUUUUCUCUCUCUCUCUCUCUCUCUCUCUCAUCAUUAAACAUACAUCCUCUUGUAGGACUAGCAAACUGUUCAUUCAAAAUAUCAUUUACCAUUAUACUGUUCACAUUAUUCAAUGAUGACUAUCACGUGACACAUGGAUGGCAAGCAUUGGUGCAUUUUGUUUGUUUCUUGCUCAGAUAAUUGAUAGAAACGACACGUGGAGAUGUUCAAAAUAGUACUGUAUAUAUACAUUGUACUUAUUCCAUAGAUAUCAAUAUUCUACUCCAUGAAUGUAACCUCAUGUACUUCAAAGUUUGUAGAUUAUAUACAUAUUUGUAUGUCUAUCUGAGGGUGCGCUUCUCUGAAAAAGAAGAGUGGAAAAUUAAAACAAAAGUUGCCCUUUGCCUUAUGUGUGUAAUAACCCUGUCAAGUUCAUUUUAUGAUGGCCAAGGCCUCAAAUUAUCAUUUAUUCAUAGAAAUGUGUUGAAGAAACAUGAAAGAGACUCAAGAUUGGUACAAAAGUUGCAGAAGAUCAAAAUUAUUCAUUAUUCUAACACCUGUUAUUAUAAAGCAGUCUCAUUUUUGGAUAAAUUCUGAAUUUAACACAGGCUGUGAUGGAUUGUAUUCUUAUAGCUUGUUCAUAUUUUUUAUUAGGAGACUAACUGAAUAUUUUUUCUGCAGCUUGGGUUGAAAAUCUGGCUUGAAUUUUCUAUCUCAGUUUUGUUCACAUUUGAAUUACUAGACUUGCAUGCAAAGCAAGGAUCAGGAUUGAUUUCUAACUUUAUACAAUUUUUUUUUUGAGACACCAACUUAUAUAAUAUUAGGAUGUAACUGCAUCAUUGAAGUUAAGGGCAUAUGAAGUGUUGCAUUAGAGAUGAGCUAUUGAAAAAUCAUUGUUUCUGUGUUUUAAUUACCACCUUUGUAUUCUGAAAUGAAUCAAAAAGGUCAAGCAGAAGCAAGUUUAAAAGAUGAUAAAUGCUUGCAUUAACUUUAAUACAAGAUGAUCUGAAACUAUAGGCUAAGAUAAUUAAACAAUGUAUUUUAAUGCCCAUGUAUGGUAUACUUUUUAUGUUGCAUUACUAAUAGCUCUUGCCAUUUCAUUCAUGUAAGUUUUGGUAAUUUGAUGAAAAAGACUAUACUCUUGUUAAAAUUUAUAUUGUUGAUAUAAAAUUGUCUGCAUCCCCGAAAUAUAAUUUAGUAGUGCAUGUAUAAAAUGCAUUUUUUCCUUGAAAGAAAGGAACUGUAUAUAAAUUUCAAGCACACAUGAAAAGUCAUGAUAAAUAUUUGUUUUUGUGAAAUCAAUUCAUGAAUUCCAAGAAGGUGUAUGUGAUAAUUAAAUGUUUUAUAUUGUGUCCUCAGUAAAGAGUUAUUGAGAAUUGCUUUCAUAUCUACCACUAAGAGUAUGUUCAUCAAAUUAAUGUAUAUUAUUAUGUAUAAAGCAUGCAAAGAUUAAUGGCAUGGAAUAAUAGAGAUGUAAAUUUGAAAGUUACAUGAUUUCAGAAAAGUCACUCAGUGACAAGUUGAACAGGUUUGUAUAUAUACUGUAUAUAUAUGUAUAUGUAUAAUUAUAUUUAGUUUUCUAGCAUUCAAUGUUCUGCUUGCACCCAAUAGGGCCUAAAUCCUCUAUCCCCUCCCCUCUCUUUUUCUCUUGUGACUGACCUUGUAGAAUUAAUUCAGUUUUAUAGUUCUGAACUAAUUUUCCCUUUAGAUAUUGACACUGCUUGUUAUUUUUCGUGAAACACGAAUGAAGAUGAAGUAGUGCAUGUAAAAAAAUUGGCUGAAAUUAUCGGUAGAUAUACACUUAAUAAUUACUAGAGUUUUAUGUCUCACAAGUUCCUCAGUGAAAUAAUUGCUUUUGAAUUUUUUUUUUGUCACGAGACUGUUCUAGGGAGUUGACGCUUUAAAGCCACAGUCUUUUUUUUUUUUUAAUCAAGACCCAAUUAAAUGAGAUCUAAAAUAAACUACGAUAGUAUUUAUAUAAUAAAGGUAUUCAAAGUCAAAAUUACAAGUGAUCACAGCAGAUCCCUGAUUAAUAAAGCAUACUUUGACAAAAAGUGUAAAGAUUGAAGUCGAUCAGCAUUUGUUGUAUUUUGUUUGUUUGUUGUUAUAACUAUAAUUUACAGCAAUAUCUGUGUUUAAUGUUUUAUAUUCGCCAUUUCCCAUCGCCCACCAUUUCAAUUUCAAUUGGCUAUUCAACCAAGAACAUUGCAAAGAAAGUUGAAUCAGGGCACGUGCAUGCAAAUCUGUAUCAACUUUGUGAAUUCAUUUUGUUUCCCUAUAACAUUACCGUUAUGUUCCUCUGUCUCGAAGGAAAACACAAGAGUUCCAUUUAACAUAUAACAUCGAUACUAAAUUAACAUGCAUGAAUACAUCAGUACAAGUUACCUACUAGCAUAAACCGCCUGUCUCUAAACUUUGAUUAAUAAAGCUCUUACACUUUCCCCUCUCUCAAACCCCUCCCCCCCAACCACCAAAUCCUUGCCCCAUUUGUAUAUAGAAGUUCUCAUUCGUUGACAGCAAGUAUAACUUGCCUCUAACUGUAGUUCAUGUGUACAAGGUCGUGACUGUUGUAGCCACUGCGUGGACUACCUUUUUUGGUAAAUCUCGUUUUCACUUUGUAUAAUGAUAAACUAUUAGCGGUUACUGGUGCUCUUGAUCACCUAGCUCUAGCAGUGUUGUGCUUUAUUCAAGUUUUAUUCACUUCUGUGAAUUUGAUAUAUAAUUAUUACUUAUAUAUAUAUUAUUAGAAUGCCAAAUUUUUUGUGCCUGUACUUUUCAAUUUGCUUGCAAUUAAAUUGCAUCAGUA